AUGGCCAAGGUAGAGAACAAGGCGGUUCUGAUUGUUAUCGAUGGCUGGGGUAUUCCUGGUCGUGAUUCCCCCAAGGAUGGAGAUGCCAUUGCUGCUGCUGAGACUCCGGUGAUGUCUGGCUUUGCAGCAGAGGGAUCAAAGACCGCCCAAGGAUACACUGAGAUCGAUGCUUCUUCUACCGCUGUUGGUCUUCCAGAAGGGCUCAUGGGAAAUAGUGAGGUCGGCCAUUUGAACAUCGGUGCAGGACGAGUGGUGUGGCAGGACGUGGUCCGCAUCGACCAGACCUUGAAGAAUGGGAAGCUGAACCAAGUAGAGAACAUCGUCAAGUCAUUCCAGACUGCAAAGGAUGGGAACGGACGACUGCAUCUCCUUGGACUCAUCUCCGAUGGUGGAGUGCAUUCUCAUAUCAACCACCUGUUUGGCUUGCUCCAGGUAGCAAAGGAGAUGGGUGUACCAAAGGUGUUUAUCCACUUCUUUGGCGAUGGACGAGACACAGAUCCAAAGAGCGCUGCUGGAUACAUGGAACAGCUGUUGCAGAAGACCAAGGAGCUAGGUAUUGGCGAACUGGCUACGGUAGUAGGCCGGUACUAUGCCAUGGACCGGGAUAAACGAUGGGACCGUAUCGAGAUUGCCAUGAAGGGUAUCGUUUCCGGAGAGGGUGAGGAAAGUGCCGAUGCGGUCAAAACAAUAAAGGAGAGGUAUGGGAAGAGUGAGAAUGAUGAGUUCUUGAAACCUAUCAUUGUUGGUGGCCAGGACCGCAGAGUUCAAGACAACGAUACUCUUUUCUUCUUCAACUACCGCUCAGACCGUGUUAGAGAAAUAACUCAGCUCUUGGGAGAUAUAGACCGGUCUCCAAAGCCAGACUUCCCCUACCCCAAGAACAUCUCUCUCACCACUAUGACCAGAUACAAGACCGAUUACCCCUUCCCAGUUGCUUUUGCCCCUCAACACAUGGGUAACGUCUUAGCUGAGUGGUUGAGUAAGAAACAGCUUAAGCAAUGCCACAUUGCAGAGACUGAGAAGUAUGCUCACGUCACCUUCUUCUUCAACGGAGGUGUUGAGAAACAGUUUGAAGGUGAAGACCGAGAAAUGAUCCCAUCUCCAAAAGUGGCAACCUAUGACCUUGACCCUAAGAUGAGCGCACAGCCAGUUGGAGAAAAACUUGCUGAAAGAAUUGCUGAUAACAAGUAUGAAUUCUUGAUGAACAACUUCGCUCCCCCAGAUAUGGUUGGCCACACUGGUGUUUAUGAAGCUGCUAUUAAGGGCGUUGCUGCCACGGAUGCUGCUAUCGGUUGCGUCUAUGAAGCUUGCAAGAAACACGGAUACAUCCUGUUUGUCACUGCUGAUCACGGAAACGCCGAGGAGAUGAAGAACGCAGAUGGAAGCCCAAAGACUUCCCAUACUACCAACUUGGUUCCAUUCGUCAUGGCAAACGCACCCGAAGGAUGGAGCCUGAAGAAAUCGGGCGGCGUCCUUGGUGACGUUGCUCCCACCGUUCUUGAUGUCAUGGGUAUUGAGAAACCAGAGGAAAUGGAUGGCUCUAGUUUGCUUGUCAGAGCAUAG